AGAGAGAGAAAGCUCCUUCAGUGUCUUUCUGGCUGUGUGGACCUGCCUGUCAGAAGUCUGAGAGAUGAUGGUAGGAAUGAACCUCCAGCUGGUGUGCCUGGCGCUCCUGGCUUUCAGCUCCUGGAGUCUGUGCUCAGAUUCAGAAGAGGAUAUGAGAGCUGUAGAGGCAGAUUUACUGACAAAUGUACAUGCAUCAAAGAUCAGUAAAGCCACUGCUCCCUCUUGGAAAAUGACCUUGCUAAAUGUUUGCAGCCUUAUAAAUAACCUGAACAGCCCAGCUGAGGAAGCAGGAGAAAUGCCUGAUGACGAUCUUGUUGGAAAAAGGAAACUUCCCCUUGUCCUAGAUGGUUUUAGCUUGGAAGCGAUGCUGACAAUAUUGCAGCUCCAGAAAAUCUGCCACAGCAGGGCCUUUCAACACUGGGAGGUACAGCAGAUCCCACAGAUGGGCCCAAGAGUCAUUGUACCAGUCAUUCAGGAAGGUAUUCUUGAUAAUGGCAGUGACAAAAAUGAGAAGGAAGAAGUGAUCAAGAGAAAAAUCCCUUACAUUCUGAAAAGGCAGCUGUAUGAGAGUAAACCUAGAAGGCCCUACAUCCUCAAGCGGGGCUCCUACUACUACUGAGAAGCUAAUUCUUGAUAUGUGAUUGUGAUUGAUCGCCCUUUAUCUACAUAUAUAAUCAUCUGUUUAUCUAGAUAUAUAAUUAUGUGUGUGAAUGUGAAGGAACCUGAUUAUUUCAUCUCUUCCACAGUCACGGUUUGCUGGAUGUGAUUUCCCUGCAUUCAUGAGUAUUUGCCUAAAUGUUUUCAAAUAAAUGUAGGUCUUGAGCAUGAUGUGCUCAGUGUAAUUGGAAUGAAUAAAAUCAUAUCACAUGUAGA